AGAGGUUAUCUAGAAGCCUUCGUAUAAAGACGAAUAUUUGUAAAGAAAGGAAUAUUAAUCUUGAAUGAGAAUGACUAUUAAUUCACAGGUAUGGAUAUCAUUAGCGACGGCAGUCUUUCCUUCUUCUCCCUUACACUACCCGACCCCGGCAACACUCCACCACCACUUGCCGUCGUACACUCUCCAACCCCUCUACGACCUCCAUGAGUACCACGAGCCGCCGGUGCCCCUCUGCGCCAAGAACAACACCAAAUCCUGGUGCCUCGAGGAUCCGGAGUAUCCUGCAUACGAAAUCAAACAGGCCAUCCAGCACUACCACUUCUACUUCACCAGUCUCUAUGCCGACGUCGGGGACCUCGACACCGCUCUUUCGGUCAGGAAGCCUCCUGGCACUCUCGAAGACGAGACCUAUUUGUGUCCUUCGAAGACGUCCUACGUGCGCCCGCUGAGGGCCCAGAACAACUUCGGCAAAUGGCGGGUGAUUGUUAACAAUAUAAAAGCCAAUUACCAGACCUACACCCAGACGACCCGUCUGGAGGAAUGCCUGACGGCUGGAGAGCCGUGUCCCUUCGUGCCGCUGUGUCAUGAGUCACGGUGUCUCCAGAAGACUAUCUAUCACCGGUUCCUCGUCUACGACCCCUACGACCAGCACUUCCCCUUCGCCAUCGAGACAUUCAGGCUGCCCUCGAGUUGUGCUUGUCUUCUUGGGGAGUACAUCAUCCCUUCCCGAAUUAUAUAAAGCUGAAAGUUGACUUUCUUUUUCACCAAACUUUCAUUUUAUAGUGAUCAUUUCAGCUUUGGCGUAUUCUAAUUAUAGCAAAUGAUAAACAACAACCAUAUCUUAGAACUAGAGAAAGCAGAGUACCCCAAACCGAAUAGCUAUAAAAGUAGAGUAUAAAAAGACAAUCCAAAUCUCAGUUUCAUUUAUAAACAUACAUUCUAGUUUCAAAACUCACUGAAACCUAACUUACAUCAACUAUGACACGAAGUCCUGCAACAACUUUGAUUUCCCAACGCCAAUUAGCCUCCUUUCUAGCACACUUCAACUUCGGCGAAACUUCGUGUGUUUGUGAGUGUGGUGCGUCCAUUGCUCCAAGCCUGGUGAUUGAAUGUGCUUUGUGACCACCAAAAAUUUAGGUACGUAAAGGGAAGCAGUUCUCUAGUCACUCCACCCGUAGGUGGACUCGAAUAAAUAUAUACUGGGUUUAUGAACAGCGUGUAAGCAUGAAGAUGUCAUUAGGAUUUAAGCGUAUUUAUAAUAAAAUGUCAUUAAUGGUAGUACUUCAUUUCCAUUCUUUAGAAUCAGGGAUUCAGUUUUUGUAUGAUAUAAUUAACAUGGC